AUGUAUGUAAGCUAUAUAAAGAAUGAUGGUACACAAGUUAAAGUUCCAUUAGACAACAAUUGCUACUUAAACUUAUAUGGAGACGAACAAAAGAAAUAUUUAAGAGUUUAUGAAAUGACAGAUAUGACAUUGCCUGACCCAGCUCCAGCACCAUAUUAUUAUGACUAUGUAGAUGACGAAGGAACACUACAUGCAGAUGAACAAAAGCAAACAUUAUAUUUAGAUUAUUAUAGAUAUAAAAGAUAUAAUGCAAUAGAAAAAACGAGAAUAGUAUAUUAUUAUAUAGAUGACAGAAAUAAAUAUUAUAGUCAAGAUUUUACCUACCCUGAAAACAUAAGAUUAUAUUAUAAAAAAUAUUCUUACACAAACCAGAAGAAACCUGAAAUAGUUGCACUAUAUUUUAAGUUCAAAAGAGACAAUCCUAUAAUAUCUCAUAUGUUUGAUUUAAUGAACCCAGUAGGUUCUAUUUAUACAUCUAUGGAUGCAAGAGGUCCUCAAGUAAUGUUUGGUGUUGGUGCAUGGGAACAAAUAGUUGACAGGUUUUUGUAUUGUGCAAACUCUUCAAAGGAAACAGGAGGUUCGAAGAAAAUUAAAGAAGCAAACCUUCCACCGCACACUCAUACAGGAACUACAAACUUUUCUGGUGACCAUAGUCACUCAUUAAGAGACCAUCCAUUAUACAACUCAGAAUAUUAUGCUGGCAAUGACGUUUUAUCUCCAGAUUAUAACCAUUCGGCAAAAAAGACUUUUCGACCAACUGAACCAGGAGGAAAUCAUUCACAUACUUUCACAACAAAUCCAACAGGCUUGGGUGAAGAUUAUAUGCCACCAUUUGUGACUGUAUUCGCAUGGUA